GCAUCAUCCUUCCAUUUCUGCAGUAGCCGUAGCUCUCAAGAAAUUUUUUCAUCGGUCAAAGACAGAACUUUCUCACCUCUGGAGUGAUUGGAUUACAAUUCAAUUACCCACGUGAAUCCCCUCUGUCUCUCUCGCCGACUUCUAUAUAUACCCAGCAACAUGAAUCCCCAAAAAAUCACCAAAAAAAACAGUCGAUAGAUACUUCGAUAGUCAAACAGAGAGAAACACAAGAGAGACAAGAGAGAUGGAAACAACUAUAAUGGAAGAAGUGGUGAUUGUGGGCGCCGGGAUAGCAGGCCUGGCGACGGCUCUGGCGCUGAAGCGAGUCGGGAUCCGAGCUCUGGUGCUUGAAAAAGCAGAGUGUCUCAGAACCACCGGAGCUGCAUUGAAUCUCUUCCCAAAUGCAUGGAUCGCCCUCGACGCUUUGGGGGUUUCUCACAAGCUCACUCCCCUUUACGCUCCCCUGACCACCGGCUCCAUUACCAAUGUCGCCACCGGCGCCGUUCAGCAAAUCUCCUUCACCGGAGUUUUCUCGGGAAAUGGGGAAGGACCCAGACCGGUUCACCGGAAAAAGCUGCUGGAGGUUCUGGCAGAGGAGCUUCCACCGGACACGAUUCGAUUCUCGUCCCACCUUGCUUCCAUCGAAACCGAACAAUUGCCUUCAGAAAAAGGCGCUGCAGCUGCUUCUCUGGCAGUUGUGCAUUUGAAAGACGGAACCACCAUCAAGUCUAAGGUUCUAAUCGGGUGCGACGGAUUGCACUCCAUGGUUGCGCAAUGGCUGGGACUCUCCGCUCCAAUCCACUCAGGCCGAUCCGCGGCUCGCGGGCUAGCGGUUUACCCACAAGGCCAUGAACUCGGAAGCAAUGUCCAGCAGUUCGUCGAUAUCGGCAAAAGGGCCGGCAUCGUUCGCCUGAACGAUACCGAGGUGUUCUGGUUCAUCACUUGCGAAGGAGACUACAGAACAUACGACCCAAACACAAUCCAAGAUGAGGUGCUCAACCACCACGCCUCGAACUUCCCCUCGGCCUUCCUCGACGUGGUCCGCCACUCGGACCUCUCGUCCCUGUCGUGGGCGCCGCUGAUGAUGAGGAACCCAUGGAACAUCAUAGUCGGGAACGUGAGUAGCGGGAACGUGACGGUGGUGGGGGAUGCUUUUCACCCGAUGACGCCCGAUCUCGGGCAGGGCGGGUGCUGCGCUCUCGAAGACGCCGUGGUUCUCGGGAGGCACAUCGGGAACUCGUUGAUCGCGAACGGCGGCGGGAAGAAGUCGCUGCCGGCGGAGGAGAUGGCGACGGUGCUGGAGGGUUACGCGAAGGAGCGGCGGUGGCGGGCGGCGGGGCUGGUGACGGGUUCGUAUGUGUCCGGCUGGGUGCAGCAGAGCGGGAAGAAUUGGUGGAGGAAGAUGCUGAGGGUUGUGUUCUAUAGUUACUUGUUGUUGAUGCUGGCUAGGUAUGUCAAGUUUGAUUGCGGGAAGCUUCCUGGUGGUGAUGAUGAGCGGGUUGGUGAUGACCGGAAACCGGAUGGGUCGAGCAAGUUGGAUUAGGGUUUGGGUAAUUGGGUUGGGUGGUCUGGUUAGUGGUGAAGAUUUGUGGAUAUGUGAAAUGUUGUGCUUGUAAUGUUUUGAGUUUUUUCUUAUUGGGUUUGGGUAGGUUUGGUUUGGCUUGGCUUGACUAUAUGGCUUGUAUUUAAUUGAUUCAAUGGUAAAUAAAGGAUGUUUACAAAGAGGUUUGAAUGUAAUUUGAGAGUGUACUCUAAAGGUGUUAUUAUAUGUAAUCAUUAUCAUUAGUUACCUAAGAUUUGUAUUCUUAAUGAUAUUUUUACAACUACAA